AUGGUACCUAACAACGACAACGAGCACAUGAUGACCAUGUCACCAUCGCCACAGUCACCGAAUGAGGCCGAGCAGACAAAAAGAUCCAGAUCCAAGUCGGGAUCGCGAUCAAGGGAAAGACAACAGAGCGUUCCCCGGACAACGGCAACGGGCGUGGAACACGACAACACACAGCGCAAGAACGAUGAAUUGAAGCGAGAGCUAGAACAGCAAAAGAAGAAGACACAAGAGAAGGAAGCCAGCACACAAAAACAGCUCGAGUACCUGAUGCGAGAAAUAGAACAACUACGGAGAGAACAGACCCAGCAAUCGCAAACACCCCUACCGCGGCCUUCAUCCCCACCCCCACCGCCAUCACCAACAGAGUCAUCAACAACAAGUCAACAAGUCAACAGACCAGAGCCAUCCACACUGUCGAACCAAGCGGUGAUAACCCAGAACGACCUCAAGACACUUGAAGACCGCAUCAACGCCAACGUGACCAUCAUGAUGGAAACCACACUGUCCACAACGAUUGUAGUCUCGGGCACAGGCUACGACGUCGUGUGCUGCACUUGGCUCUCUGGGCUGUAG